GGGGCUUCCUGCUCUCCUAUUCUCGUCCUUGGAUUGGCUGAGACAUCUUUCUAUUCCUGCGUGACGCCUGACGAGAGAAAAGGGGGUCGCAGGCAAGAUGGAGGCUGCUACGGCCGGUGUGGGCCGCCUAGAGGAAGAGGCGCUGCGCCGAAAGGAACGGCUGAAGGCCCUACGGGAGAAAACCGGGCGCAAGGACAAGGAAGAUGGGGAGCCAAACACCAAGCAGCUCAGAGAAGAGGAGGAGGAAGGCGAGAAGCACAGGGAACUCAGACUGCGGAACUAUGUCCCUGAGGAUGAGGACUUGAAGAGAAGGAGAGUGCCCCAGGCCAAACCUGUUGCAGUGGAAGAAAAGGUGAAGGAGCAGCUGGAGGCUGCCAAGCCAGAACCUGUCAUUGAGGAAGUGGACCUGGCCAACCUGGCACCCCGGAAACCUGAUUGGGACCUCAAGAGAGAUGUGGCCAAGAAGCUGGAGAAGCUAGAAAAGCGGACCCAGAGGGCCAUUGCUGAGCUGAUCCGUGAGCGGCUGAAAGGCCAGGAGGACAGCCUGGCCUCUGCAGUGGAUGCCACCACAGAACAAGAGGCCUGUGACUCCGACUAGGUGCAUCUGGUGUGCUAUCUUCUUGCCAGGCCUGUCCUGAGGGAAGAUGGUCCAUGUCUUUUUGAAAACUAAGCCAGCCCUUGUGAGUCUGAACCUCCAUGGGGUGAGGUCAGUUCUUGUCUUCUGAGGGUCCCUACCACAGAGUGGAGCAGGGCAAGCAACAGCUCUGUGCACAUGCCUGUGUCUGUACAUAUGUAAAUAUUUUGAACUUUUUUUUUAAAUCUCUGGAAAUGGAGACAAGUAAACCCCUUUGUGUGUGUAGCAGAAACUUGUCAAAUGUUUCUUGGCUCCUGGGGUGCUGUGGGUUUGGACUCCCAAGACAGGGUAACACAGGAGUGGUGCUCAAUGUGAAUUACCUGUGAUAGGCCAGACAUGUUGAGGCUGGAGGGGUGGAGAAGGCCUGGGCUGACCUUCUGGGUCUGAGUCCUGUCCCCAUUCAUGGCCAGCAGUGAUCAUCUCAAACCCUUGGAUAACAGAGACUGUCUGAGAUAGGCCUAGGCUAGACAACUGGAAAGACUCCCAUGCUGGUCCUCUGCGGGCCUCCUCACAGUAUGGAGAGAGGAGGAGACUGGGCCUUGGCAAGCCUCCAUGGAGGCCACUCCAGAUCUGAGGACCCUGCACUGUGCUCCUGACUCUGCCCAGCCCCAGCAGCCUCUCUCCCUACUCUACCAUUCAGACUGGACUCUGGCUCCCCAGCACAGGGCCCCCAACAUAAGGGAGAGGGGACCAUUCUGAUAGAGACUAGAUGUGGUAGCUGAGUAUCUGGUGUGGUCUUGGGCCCUGGGCCUCCAAGAUCCUGGCUGGAGGACACUGACCCUCCUCUAUGGAGAUGACUCUCCAGGAUGACUGACUGAUCACAUUAGCUCUGACUCUAGGUACUUCCAGAAAGGUUAUCUUCAGAACUUCACCUUGAGCCUCUUUCCCCUGGUCCUAGUCAGCCACUGUGUUCUUCCCGAAACUCAGUGGCCCAGCUCUGGCAGUCAGUGCUAAAGACUUGAGUCAUGGAGGUAGAGCAUGUGUGUAUACAGAGACCAGGGUAACCAUAAAAUAAAAUAAUAUCCUUUAAAUGAAAAUUAGGCAGAACUAUUUAGCCAGAACUGGCCUUGAACUGGUAAGCUUCCUGCCUCCUCCUAAGUGCUGAUGUUAUAAGCAUGUACCACCAUGCCCUGCCAAACUGUAGGUACUGGGGUUCCAACUAAGGGCUUUCACACUUGCUAAAUAGGAGCUCUACUGCUUGAGCCAUGCCUCCAUCCCAAAUUGUACAUUUUAAAUGAAUGAACUGUAUUCAGUAAGACUUUAAAAAAAAAAAGACAUGAACUUUCUUCUUUAGACUGACG